AUGGUGUAUUACUUUACGUCGAAUGUGGUUGACCCGGCCGCGUACAUUUACAUGGGGAAGGAUAAGGUUGAGAAUGAAGAGUUGAUCAAGUAUGGGUGGGACGAAGAUCUUUGGUAUGUUACUCUCACGAUCUUCCACGCGGAUAAGCUCUCAUCGGCGCAUAUUUACCUACGACUCAAAGAAGGGCAGAGCUGGGAAGAUAUUAGCCCAGAGCUACUGGUCGAUUGCUGCCAGCUCACAAAGGCAAACUCAAUUGAGGGAAAUAAAAAAGACAAUGUUAAUAUAGUUUACACUCCGUGGUCCAAUCUCAAAAAGGACGGCUCCAUGGCUGUCGGCCAGGUCGGGUUCAAGGACCAACGGAAGGUCAAAAAAGUCCUUGUUGAAGCCCGCACGAACGCUAUCAUCAACCGACUUAAUAAAACCAAGACCGAGAAGUUCCCGGAUCUUGCGGCGGAGAGGGAGGAGAGAGACAAGACUAUUAGAAACAGGGAGAAGAAAUUGAUGCUAGAAAGGAAGAAGGAAGAGGCUAGAGUAAUGAAGGAGAGAAGGGAGAAGGCAUGGCAGAAGGACCAUGCCUAUGACGACGUCUUUACAGAGGAUGCGUUGGAGGAGAAUUCCAAUGAUAAAAGGGAUGCUGACUUUUAUGAUGACUUCAUGUAA